UCCAUCCGUACCAUACGCCAAAGACACGCACACACACAGACACACACAGACACACACACACACACACACACAUACACACAUACACGCUCACACACGCGCACACACACACACACAUACACACACACGCCAUGGCGGUAAACUUUGCCAACGACCUCCUGGACCAGUUCCAGCCGCUGGCAGCCCAUGCCGAGGCCGUCCACGAGCUGACCUCGCGGGCGGCGGCGUUUCUGCGGAAGAGGGCAGCCAUCGAGGAGGAGUACGCCCGCAAGCUGCUGAAGCUGGCAGAGGCCGAGAGCAAGAAGAUCGCAGACUCGGUCCUGGGCGUUCCGCUCAAGACAGUCAAGGUCUUUGACGUCAUGGUCCAGGACACGCGCCGCCAGGCUGUCCAGGCCGAGUCGCUGGCUGGCCGCCUCGUCUCGCAGGUCGCCAAGCCGCUCUCCAACCUCAAGAAGAAGCUCAAGGCCUCGCGUGUCGUGGUGGUGGCAGACACUGCUGCAGAGCGGAAGCGCACGGAGGACAUCGGGAGUCAAAUGAUGAAGGAGCGUGAUCGGUACCACGAGGCCUGCCGCCUGGCAUUUACCGACAUGUCCACCUACCGCAAGUCGGCGUCGGAUCCCAACAUCAAGCCGUCAGCCUCGAUGAAGCAGGGCGACCGCAUGAAAAAGUCCAAGGACGCGGCCCGCAAGCAGGAGAUGGAGUACCGUGACGCGCUUGCCAGGUUCAACGAUGUCCAGCGCCGGUUCUGGGUCGACACCCUCCCGUUUGCGCUCGAGCAGAUGCAGCUGCUCGAGGAGGAGCGCAUCAACGAGACUGACUCGAUCUACGACAAGUACCUGGAUCUUGUCGCCGAGGCCCGAGACUCGCUCACCGUCCACCACGAGGCAGUUGCCGCCGUCCACACUCCAAAUCCGCCGCCGGCCCACUCCGAGCUGGAGGACAUUGCCUGCCGACUGGCCACCGGCAACUCGCGCCCGUCGGACAUUGAGUUUUGCGAGGGUGUCAACUACCAGGACCGUGACCCGUCGGCGGCAGCGUCGCCGAGCAGACUCCGCGGGGCCACCGUGUCGUCGUCGUCGGAACCGGGCUCGGGCGGCUCGGCCGCCGCCGCCGCCGCUGCCGCAGGAGCUGUUGUCGUUGGCGGCGGCCUUGCUGUCGCCGUCGCCGCAGGCGGGACCCAGACCCGAUCCACGCGUGCGCUUACCGCCACCGGUGUCAGCUCGGCUCCCCAGGGCUCGGCACGCAACACACCGCGCUCACUCACCCUCGACCAGUACAUCGCCUCCUGCCGCGACGACCUGGGCUCUGACGAGCUCGCCCGCCGCUCCGGCGACAUCUCAACCAAGCUGGCGCUGUUUGCCAUGCUGCACGAGUUGUGGAGACCAUCAUAA